GGGGAGACGGAGCGCGAGCGAGGCGCGCGCGCGCACACCCGCGCACACAGGGCCCCGCUCGCUCGAGAUCCCCGGCCACGUAAGUACUAUUAAUACCGCCUCGCCGGAGUUGCGGGCGUGCUGAGCUCGGGGAUUGGCCUCGGGCACGAUCGGCCAUCCCCUUCAAUUUUAAAUACACAUUCCGCUUACCUCGGGGGGAGAAAGAAAGAAAGAAAAAAUAAUAAUAAAAGACGAAGAAGAAAAGCCAUCAAUUUUCUCCAAAACAGACCCCACCGGGCAAUUUGGGCUUUUCGGGUAGGGGGAGACGGAGUUGUCGUAAAUUAUUCCAAGGCAAGAUCCAGGUAUCCAGCGGGAAAGGAACGCCGCAGGUUGGCUUGGCUGGGGGCGCAUCCCCUUCCAGCGCCCGGAGGAUCCCCCGGAAGCUCGUGCCGGGGGAAUCGGAGACCGCCGAGCCACCCUCGUCCCUGCCCGCACUUCUCCCUUUUUUUUUUCUUUUUCGGAGGACGAUCUGGAGCACGAGCGAGCAGCGACAGCAUGAGCCUGUGCUGACCUCCGCCCGGCGGGCCAACCGGGCUUUGUCGCGGUACCUGCGCCCGGCCCGCGCCGCAACUCCGUGCCCGCUUUUGCAAUCUUUGGUUGGUAGCGCUGACCGCUCCAAGUUAAAUGCUCCUCGCUAUUCUUUUUUUUCUGUUCUUUUUUUGUGUGUUUGUUUAAAUUUUGGAGAGCUCUUGCGAUCUUGGAAAAGCCUCAGACGCCAUCUACAGUUAAAACGUAGGUAACUACCCUCUCCGGCGCCCCCUCUUCCACGCCCCCCACCCUUUCCACCAAAAAAGGGGGUGCAGCGCGGAUUCUGUCUGCCGUGCGGCGCGAGCCGGUAGACCCGUGCUUAUUUCCUUUUUCUUUUUGUUUGGUUUUCUAACGCGUUGAGACUGAGCCGCCGCCGUGCGCCCCUGGAAGAUUGCACGAACUACGGCCGGGCUCCUCCGCCCCGUCUGCGUUUCGGAAGCCUGCGUGGGGAUCGCUUCGGAGACCGGGCGCUGCAGCUCCCCACCUUAGCAAUCCGGUUACUCGCCUAGCUAGAUCCGCGUUGGAAAGCGAGCGGGAGAGAGAGAGAAACUAAAAGUGCGGGGAUUCUGCAGAUCGCUGGCUGCUUUGGGGUAACAAAGGGACCCGAGUUGCUGCCGACUGAGCACCCCCCGGGAGCCGGGCUCGGAGCAGACAAGGUGCCCGGCGGCGCCCAUUUGGGGGCUUCUAACUCUUUCUCCACGUCGCCCCUCUCCCGUCCCCUCCCCUCUCGUUCCCUUUUAAAAUCCGUGGCACCGAGGCGCCUGCAGCCGCACUCGCCAGCGAUCUCUCCAGCGGGUUUUUUGUUUGCCGAGUGCGAUCCCCACACUCAUGAACAUACACAGGUCUACCCCCAUCAAUAGCAAGAUAUGGGAGAUCGCGGAAACAAAACCCAGGAUUUCGAAGAGUUGUCGUCUAUAAGGUCCGCCGAGCCCAGCCAGAGUUUCAGCCCGAACCUCGGCUCCCCGAGCCCGCCCGAGACUCCGAACUUGUCGCAUUGCGUUUCUUGCAUCGGGAAAUACUUAUUGUUGGAACCUCUGGAGGGAGACCACGUUUUUCGUGCCGUGCAUCUGCACAGCGGGGAGGAGCUGGUGUGCAAGGUGUUUGAUAUCAGCUGCUACCAGGAAUCCCUGGCCCCGUGCUUUUGCCUGACUGCCCACAGCAACAUCAACCAAAUCACCGAAAUUCUCCUGGGGGAGACCAAAGCCUAUGUGUUCUUUGAGCGAAGCUAUGGGGACAUGCAUUCCUUUGUCCGCACCUGCAAGAAGCUGAGGGAGGAGGAGGCGGCCAGACUUUUCUACCAAAUCGCCUCGGCCGUGGCCCACUGCCACGACGGGGGGCUGGUGCUGCGGGACCUAAAGCUGCGGAAAUUCAUCUUUAAGGACGAAGAGAGGACCCGGGUCAAGCUGGAAAGCCUGGAAGAUGCCUACAUCCUGCGGGGGGACGAUGACUCCCUGUCAGACAAGCACGGCUGCCCGGCUUACGUAAGCCCAGAGAUCUUGAACACCAGCGGCAGCUACUCGGGCAAAGCAGCCGACGUGUGGAGCCUGGGAGUGAUGCUCUACACCAUGUUGGUGGGGCGGUACCCUUUCCAUGACAUUGAGCCCAGUUCCCUCUUCAGCAAGAUCCGGCGGGGCCAGUUCAACAUUCCAGAGACUCUGUCGCCCAAGGCCAAGUGCCUCAUCCGAAGCAUCCUGCGGCGGGAGCCCUCAGAGCGGCUGACCUCGCAGGAAAUUCUGGACCAUCCUUGGUUUUCUACAGAUUUUAGCGUCUCGAAUUCAGGAUAUGGUGCUAAGGAGGCGUCUGAUCAGCUGGUGCCGGAUGUCAACAUGGAAGAGAACUUGGACCCUUUCUUUAACUGAGCUCACGCCCCACAGAGACUUAAGCAGGUACCGGGAGCGAGAGAGGGCAGAGGAAAGUCCUUCCGGGGCACGCACGUCGCCUGGCUUGGUGUUAAGACAGACACUGACACUCAACGUUUUCUCGGUUCAGAGAAGGAGAACCUUCAAGGAGCUGACCGAACAUGUAGCAUGGGGGCGAGAGAUGUGGGGUGGGAGUCUGGGGUCAGGUCGGAGGGGUGGGAGCCCCUGGCGCUUCCCCCUUCCCUGACGCGGCCCCCGGAGCCCACCCCUGCCAGCGGGGCUGUUUCUGCCUACCCCACUUUUCAUUUGUUCCAAAAUAGUUGCAGAUCCUGACGGAGCCCAAACUCUCUGCCUCAACCACACAUCUUGGCAUCGCACUGUUAGCUUUUAACUUCUUGUCACGAUUCAGGGAAGGUACAAUUGGCCAAGGAUUCUUUCUUUCUUUCUUCUUUUUUUUUUUUUUUUUUUUUUUUUUUUUUUUUUUUUUCUUUUUUCUUUCUUUCUUUCUUUUUUUUCUUUUUUUCUUUUUUGAAACAAGCCAGCCACCUACCUGAUAAUUAUUAAUGGGGUUCAUUUAAAAACAAUUCGGUGCACACAGACUGACAUGAAACCUGGGUGCUAAAGCUAAAAGAAAAUAAAAGUCCAGUUUGUGUCUCUUAAUCGCUCUUUUAACUCAUUUCUUCUAAAUAAACGAUUUGCCAUCCUGGUCAGGAAAUGACACGUUGAUGCUCUGCUCCCUGAAGGGGGAAGAAAAAAAAAAAAAGUCUGUCCUUUAACAAAGUGAUUCUGUUUUGUGUCCACGGGUUUGUGGCAGGAAGCUAUUAGAAGUCAAACUUCCAAAGGCAUUACCGCUAUUAGAGUUUAAAGAAAGGAAAGGAAAGGGAAGGGAAGGAAGACAAGAGAAAUCCACUCCCGAAUUUCUUUCUUUGAACAAGGAGGGCGCCUUAGAAUGGUCCUAUCUGCUGGGACGAUGGCACCGGGGCCAGGUUAGCGGGAGGGGCAUAUUGAGAGUCCGAAGCUUUCGCAACACUCUGGUCUCAACGAAACCUCUUGUCUCUGUUUAUUGGAUGACCAGUGCGCCAGAGCGGUGUCGCACGUGAUGAAAUCCAGGGCAGCUAUUGUUUCCUUUAGGAAGAACGAUCCUUUUGGCUCGGAAGGCCUCUGGUUUGGACAAAAACCCUCGGUAGAGACAAGCGGGAAGAAAAUCAGUGAAAGCUAGGAUGUUAUAAAUACAAACAGCUCUCGCCCAAUACGACCUUUGUGUUUUCAAGAACUCUUCUAUUUAUUAAGGAAAAUGUCACAUGUGAUGUAUUAAGCGAGUACUUCAAUUACGGGUUGACUUGGGAUGACGUUACAUGCUGUAGUUAACAUUUAUAGAUAUAUUUUUUUUCUCGUUUGAGUAUCUUGUCCCUGAAAUAACCUUUUGUUUGGCUUUUCUAGAUAGCUUUGUUUGAAUUUCGAGUGGCAACUGUUUUUUAUUACGGCUUUUCUAUUGCUGAUGAUACAGAAACACUUUGGCAUAAAUAUUUGUGUUUCAGUACCUCAGUGUUUGGAUUUUACCGCUGUAUACGUUUUUGUGAAUGGUCAUGUUUGUGGGUAGGUAACACGUGGACUUAGUAUGUAAAUGUUACUUGAUCUGUGCUUCAUUAUAGUAUGUAGCAUGUAUGUGCGACCUUGGAGGUGCUUUAUGCCUGGUCAGCAGGGGCUCAGCCUUUCAACGUUCCCAGGAGGGGGCUUAAACCGUUCUAGUCAGGAGACAAGGCGGCCAUGAUUCUAUUUUGAUAACGGAAGAUAACAAAGGAGAAGUUUUUGUUUGUUUGGGUUGUUUUUUUUUUUUUGUUUUUUUUUUGUUUUUGUUUUUGUUUUCACAUUCUGAAGAUGGUGCUGUGUCAAGAAGGACCUGUUUUUCUUCCCCGUCCCCUAUUUUUUAAGUCCCCUGUAGGAGGAAAGGUGUGGUGGGCAUGCAUGCUGGGAAUCUAUGGCCUCUGGUGCUUUGUCCUGUAUUUGGUUAAUGUUUUUGUCCUAAUCUCUUCAAUCAAUAAAUUGUGCGUAUUUAACUAAAA